GACUCUGACGUUUCCAACCAAUCAGUUCGCACCUGCUGCAGUCGCGCAUUCUCGAGCUCCCGUGCUGGUGGAAUCAUGUCGAAGCGAGUGGCGGUGGUGAGCGGAGGCAACAAGGGCAUCGGGCUGGAGGUGGUGCGGGCUCUGUGCCGGCAGUUUAACGGGGACGUGUACCUGACAGCCCGGGACGUGGGCCGCGGGCAUCAGGCGGUGGAGAAACUGCAGCAGGAGCAGCUGAAGCCUCUCUUCCAUCAGCUGGACAUCAACAGCCUGCAGAGCAUCCGAGAUUUGAGAGCGACCAUGCUCGAGAAAUACGGAGGCAUCGAUGUCCUCAUCAACAACGCUGGCAUCGCUUUCAAAGUGGCAGAUACAACCCCGUUCGGCACCCAAGCUGAAGUGACGAUGGCCACCAAUUUCUUCGCCACCAGGGAUAUGUGCACGGAACUUCUCCCAAUCAUCAAACCUCACGGGCGGGUGGUGAAUGUAUCCAGCAUGGCUGGUUCUAGAGCACUGUCGCAGUGCAGCCCGGAACUGCAGGUGAAAUUCCGCAGCACGACCAUCACGGAGGAAGAAUUGGUGGAGCUGAUGAGGAAGUUUGUUGAAGAUGCUAAAAACGAGGUGCACUCCCAGCAGGGGUGGCCCUCCCAUGCCUAUGGGGUUACAAAGUUGGGGCUUACUGUCCUCUCCAAGAUCCUUGCCAGGAGGUUGAGUAAGGAGAGAGCAGCAGACAAGAUCCUCUUGAACGCCUGCUGCCCUGGUUGGGUGAAAACUGAUAUGGCUGGUCCCAAUGCACCCGGCACUGCCGAAGAGGGAGCCGUGACCCCUGUUUAUUUAGCCCUUCUACCAGAAGGUGCAGAAGGCCCACACGGAGAGUACGUUACCAAUAAAACUGUGCAGGAGUGGUAAUUUUGAAAUAUGGGUCAUGGGGCAGGUACAAAAUUUGGGGAGCACAAAGUCUUUUUGGAUUAUUUUUGAUCCACAAAUCUAUAUGUUGAUUCUUGCAAAUUUAUGGCUUUGUUUACUCAGUGGAAAUAAUUAUAAUUAAAUAAA